AUGGAUCGAGAAUUUGUCGAAAUGGAAGUACCGUAUAACGGACAACCUAAACGUCCAGGUUCACCUUCACCAUUGCUUAGUCCGGCACAUUCGGCGAUUAGUCAUAGAGGAUGGUUGGCAAAUUGUUGCGGAAGGUGCUGCGGUCAACGAUAUCAGGUACAAUGUUGUCGUUUUUAA